AUGCUCCUCCUGCUGCCCUUCGACAGCCUCGUCGUCAACCUGCUGGGCAUUUCCCUCACGGUCCUCUUCACCCUGCUCCUCGUCUUCAUCAUCGUGCCGGCCGUUUUCGGCGUCUCCUUCGGCAUCCGCAAGGUUUACAUGAAGACGCUGCUGAAGGUUUUCCAGUGGGCGACGCUGAGGAUAGAGCGCGGCGCCAAGGAGAAGAACCACCCGCUCUACAAGCCCUAUGCGAAUGGUAUCAUUGCCAAGGAGCCCACGUCGCUGGAAGAGGAGAUCAAGGAGCUGCGCCGGAGCGGCAGCGGCAGAGCCCUGGACGCGCCCGAGUUCGAGCUCUCCGACAUCUUCUACUUCUGCCGCAAAGGCAUCGAGACCAUCAUGGACGAUGAGGUGACCAAGAGGUUCUCGGCGGAGGAGCUCGAGUCCUGGAACCUCCUCAGCAGGACCAACUACAACUUCCAGUACAUCAGCCUGCGCCUCACGGUGCUCUGGGGGCUGGGCAUGCUCAUCCGCUACUGCUUCCURCUGCCCCUCAGGAUAGCCCUGGCCUUCACUGGCAUCAGCUUGUUGGUGACCGGUACCACAGUGGUGGGCUAUUUGCCAAAUGGAAGGUGCAAGGAGUUCCUCAGCAAACACGUGCACCUCAUGUGCUACCGCAUCUGCGUGCGAGCCCUCACUGCCAUCAUCACCUACCACGACCGGGAAAACAGGCCCCGGAACGGCGGCAUCUGCGUGGCCAACCACACGUCCCCCAUCGACGUGAUCAUCCUCGCCAGCGACGGCUACUACGCCAUGGUGGGCCAGAUACACGGAGGCCUCAUGGGCGUCAUCCAGAGAGCCAUGGUGAAGGCCUGUCCCCACGUGUGGUUUGAGCGCUCCGAGGUCAAGGAUCGUCACCUCGUGGCCAAAAGGCUGACAGAGCACGUCCAGGACAAGAGCAAACUGCCCAUUCUCAUCUUCCCCGAAGGCACCUGCAUCAACAACACCUCCGUGAUGAUGUUCAAGAAGGGAAGCUUCGAAAUCGGAGCCACCGUUUAUCCCGUAGCCAUUAAGUACGACCCGCAGUUCGGAGAUGCCUUUUGGAACAGCAGCAAGUACGGCAUGGUGACCUACCUGCUGCGCAUGAUGACCAGCUGGGCCAUCGUCUGCAGCGUCUGGUACUUGCCGCCCAUGACCAGGCAGCCCGAGGAGGACGCCGUGCAGUUUGCCAACCGCGUCAAGUCGGCCAUCGCCAGGCAGGGAGGCCUCGUGGAUCUGCUCUGGGACGGAGGCCUGAAGAGGGAGAAGGUSAAAGACACGUUCAAGGAGGAACAGCAGAAACUCUACAGCAAAAUGAUUGUAGGCAACCACGAAGACCGGAGCCGCUCGUGAGCCUGCAGCGCCCYGGCGCCGGCGCGGAGCCCUCGCCCGGAGCGGCUCCUUGGACUCUGGCCGCUCCGGAGCCGCUCGGACUCGCUCCUUGGUCCUCCGGCUUUUGUCCCCGGAGGCCCUUUUGCUGCCCGGGGCUCCAGGGGCCCUGGGCAGCUCU